UUGUGGUGAACAACUUCUUCAAAAUUAUGUUGCAAAGAUGCAGAGUGAAAUGAGAUACAAAUGUGCAGCAUCAAACUCGAUGUGUACCGUUUGCCCACAAGGAUUAUUAGACAGUGCAAAGAGUACCUGCUACAACAAUUAUCAAAACGAUCAAACUGCAUCCAAACUCCAUUGUUGUGUGAUCGAAUACAGCAGGACUUGUGUUCCGGAAAUACUCGAAAGACAAAGAUGCGACGAGACGUUUCUUCUUGAGCAUUUCUUUAAGCACAUCAACGCCGACUGUGGAACAUCGAAGCCAGUCUGCUUGGAGUGCAAUCAAAAAGCAAUAUCAGAUGCGGAAGAUGUGUGCUUGAGGAAAUACGAACAGGAACACGGCAUCAUUUCUAGAGGCCUGAUGUCCGGCAACGACAAACGACUGUGCUGUAUGUUGGACUACAAGAAGAAUUGUGUUCCAGACCAAUUAAAACCAAAAGGUUGUGGUGAACAACUUCUUCAAAAUUAUGUUGCAAAGAUGCAGAGUGAAAUGAGAUACCAAUGUGCAGCAUCGAACUCGAUGUGUGCCAUCUGUCCUACAGGAUUACUAGACAGUGCAAAGAAUACGUGCAACAACAAUUAUCAGAAGUUGCAAGACGCAUCCAAACUGCAUUGUUGUGUUAUGGAAUACAGCAAGACUUGUGUUCCGGAAAUACUCGAAAGACAAAGAUGCGAUGAGACGUUUCUUCUUGAGCGGUUCUUCAAGGAUAUCAACGCUGACUGUGGAACAUCGAAGCCAGUCUGCGACGUUGCAUCAAAGUGCCCGAACAAAACGUUAUCACUUGCACAGACUGUCUGCGAAGAAAGCUUUAUGAGGGAACACGGCCUCGUCCUUCCCCCCGAAUAUGUGAACAAAGAGGCGAACAAAUGGUACUGCUGUAUGAUGCAGUACAGCCAGAAUUGUCUUCAGGACACGCUGAAACAACAAGGAUGCGAUUCCGAAGACUUUUUGCAGGGGUUCACUCGGAAAGUUGAGACUCAGUGUGGAACGUCCAAGUCGUUCUGCUCUGCUCAGUGUAAUAACAACACGUUAUCCCAUGCCCAGUUUGCGUGCAGCGAGAGAUAUAUGCAGAUCCAUGUGCUGAAUCCUGAAAAACCGGGACAAUUGAGCCCGGAUGCUCAGAAACGUUACUGCUGUAUGAUGGAAUACAGCAAGACUUGUCUACCGCAACUACUCAAACAACAAGGGUGUGACGACACAGGUUUUGUUCAGCUCUUCAUCCAACGAAUAAAUAGAAAAUGUGGAACAUUUAAAUUGGACUGCGUCCCUGUACCGAAGUGCGCCCCAAAAGCAGUAUCCAAUGCAGAGAACGAUUGCGCCACAAAAUACAAGCAGUUGUACGGCCUUACUACGCGAAAACCUGAUGAGAAGCAAAAGCCGGCAGGUCUGAGCCCCGAGAUUGACAAGCAGCGGUGCUGUUCCAUGGAAUACAGCAAGAAUUGCGUUACGGAAGUACUAAAGGACAAACGAUGCGGUGAUGAAUUCAGCGCAUCUUUUCUUGAGCAGAAAAAGAAGAUAAUGGCAAAUCUGUGUGGUACGUCGAAAUUGGACUGUGAAUUCGACAAAAGCAAGAGUGCUGGGUGCAUGAACUAUCCAGCAUGGACUCUGGCAGCAGCCGUCAUUGUGGCUUCAGUGAUGAAGGUAGUGUGACGUCAGUUGUAGUGAAAAAAGGGAUCUACUGGUUUCCAUUUCGCUUGUUCGGGCCAAUUGAUCACAAUAAAUAUGGUUGUGUGACCGA